UCGAUUUAAAAGUCCAGAAUUUCGUGUAAUGUUAGGUCGUAUAACGUCAAAGCUUGUCUUACUUUGACAAUAAUUUGUGUACACCUUUUACAAAUUUUUAGUUGAUUUCACACAAAAAAAUCCCAUGUUUCAAAGAGACACUGACCCUUUGUUCAACUGUUUAGAAAACACAAUUCUCAAAAAAAUAAUAAUUCAUUAUGAUACUGAGAUGAGGUUAUUGCUUCUCUUUCUUCUGGUUUCUGUGAUCGUGAAUGCAGUCCUAGCAAGAAAUCUGGUUAAAAGAAGUAACUGCUGUUGCGAUGACUACAGAGAAUGUAGCAGUUCCUGCUCUACACCUUGUAACAGACCAAGAAACUGCAACAACAAUUAUAACCGGUCUCCUUGCAACAACAAUCAAGUAAAAGAGGAAUCAGACACAGUUCCCGUUUUGAUACCUUUCCCGUCAACCUCGAAUAUACCACAGCCCUCACCUGCUGAAGGAACCAUAGUAAACAAUACUAAUAUUAGGAACGACACCGUCAGUUUAACUAUUCAGAAUACCAUCGACAACAUCAACAACAUUUCUAUACCGAUAACUGUGAAUUCUACUAAUGAGAACACAGUCGUCAUACAUUUCCAGAGGGUUCCUGCUGAAAAUCCUGACGAUGAAAUUGUACCCACAGUAGCUCCCUCUAGUGUCGACUGCUGUUUGGUUGUUACUCCUAGGGCGUGUGACAAGAACGGGAAGAAUUGUCGGGAGGGUAGAAGGCAAUGGGUGUGUUCGGCAGUUUGCAAGGGAGCAACGGAUAUUGAACCAGAUCCAGAACCAGAGGUUCCUGCGCAAUUGACUGUCAGAAAUAAAAAUAAUACGUCUGUGCCAACUCAAACAACAGUGUAUUCAGUUCCUAUCUACCAAUCAGCACCACAGCCUGCCCCUCAACCAACAUAUUACUUCCCAUGGCGAUCAGUUCAGAGAAAUUCCACUACUAGACCAACGCAACAAGUAUUCCAAGUUCCAAUCCAGCCAAUCUACACUCAACAGAGGCCAGUUUACAAUAUCCCAAGGCAACCCGUCAUUCAACCAGUUUAUCUACCACAACCAGCUAUUCAAAGCGUGCAGCAACCAUUUCAAAUCGUUCAACAACCGUUUCAAACCAUUCAACAGCCAAUUCAAACCAUUCAACAGCCAAUUCAAACCAUUCAACAGCCAUUUCAAACCAUUCAACAAGCACCACUACCACGAUAUGGUUUAGUGAACCAGCCAAGGUACCAGUAUACUCAGGAUAAUUAUAUGGUACCAUCAUAUGGAGCUCCUUGUCCGUAUGCCCAGCAGGGCCCCAGUAGAAGUCCUUGUGGUUCUUCUGUUGUUCAAUACUAACUAUGAUGUAGGAUAUUCUGGCAGUGAUGAGGACUCUAUGAAAUGAACUUUAAAAAAAUUAUGGCUCUGACAUCUUCAAAAGAGUUUUCGCCAUAGUAUUUCUUUCUUAAAGGGUAGUGAGGAUGUAACGUUUUGUUGAAUGAGAAAAAAAAAAAUGAAUUAGCUCAAUCUCAUACAAAUAUAUUUAAAUUCAUGUCCCAAGUUUUCAGAAAUUGUAGAAAAUAAUGAAUCUUGUGAGAUUUGACCGAAUUUGCUCGAUCUGGCUUUUACCACGUCCUCAAAAUUUUUUCAGUAUUACUUUCUCCUUGCUUUCUUUUUCAUCCAUGAAUUCGCAAAAUGAUAUUAAUUAUUUCCUUAAAAAUUUGCUCCAAAAGGAAACUUUUUAUACAAAUAGUGUUUUUCAACUUCCAUGAUGAUACAAUUUCAGAUAGUAUGUAAAAACUAUGUUCCUCUCGACUCUUUGAGAGUCACAAUUAACACCAAAUCUCAAGCAGAUAUAUCACACGUUUUUGAAAAUUAUAUUGCUAAUUAUGUUAAUAAGAAAUGCAACCAAGUUUUUAACAUCAGCACUUUCACAAACAAAAACUUGAUAGAUGUACCUACCUGUGUUAUUUUUAAGAAAUGAAAUAAUCGUCUAAGAAAGAAAACUAAAUAGAAUAACAAUUUUUCUCGUAUCAAUUCCUAAUAGGGAUACCUAUACAUAUUUUCAAUAGUUCCUCUCUUGACUAUCUCAAGUAAUCGUUUCCUAUUUUUAAAUUUAAAUAAAACAAAAAGUGUGUGAGAUGUCA